AUGGAAGACAAGAAACGAAAGCGGCCAGAGGACGACGGCGGCGAUUCAACGACCGACCACCCAAGCGCGAGCAAAAAGGCCAAGCACGACCUCUUAUUCCCAGCGCACGCAUCCCAUUUGGAUUCGGAGGCUCGAGCACUUUAUAUCAGCUCGCCAGCAGCUCAGGAAGUACUCGCGGCCAUUGCUCGUGGCGAUCCUACCGCUAUCACUGCAGGACAUGCGCCGCCUGGACUCAGCAAAAGUCAGCGCAGCAAGUGGGGCAGAUCAUUGCGCGGUGUUUUGCAAAAGGCCAGCGGAUCAGGUCAAGCGGUCUCACAAGCUGGAUCCGCGAACGUAGAAUACUCGACCGCAGGGCCCCACUCUGCUAUCUCGGGUGAUGUCAGCAAAAAGCGCAAACGAGCAGAGAGCGUCACAGCCAUCAGCAAGCCGCAAGUCAUCGACCUCUUCUUCGCUGGCGCGGCCUGUCUGCUCGAUGAAUCCGUCAGAAAGACUUUCCUCGCCUCUGGAGAGGCGAAGUUUGUUACUGACGCAGUCUUGGAAGGCGAUGCAGAUGCAAUCACUGCAGGACAUGCGCCUCCUGGUCUGGACAGAAAGCAACGAGUGAAAUGGAGGCAGGAGCACAGACUUCUUGCUCAGCGUCAACGCGAUGUAAUGCUUUCCAAACCAGGCACCACCACCGACGGGCCUGGGCAUCCAGCCACACCGACUAGUAUGGACCAUUUGUCUACGGAGGAGCAGGCCCAUCUAGGAGCAGCAUCUGGUGAAAUGCGCAACACUUCGAACGCUUCCCUAGAAGGUACUCCGAGGCCAUCAAAUCCCAAAGCCAGAUUGGCUGGCUUUACGCAACUUGCACAGCCGCCUACGAAGAUCUGGCACAAGCCAGAAGAAAACAAGCCCAGCGACGCUACUUCGAUCAAAGUGGAGAGUCUCACCCCGGCACACUCAAGUCACCCGAGCCAAAAUGCGAUCAGCAAUGAUCAUCAAGCCGCCCGGAUCUCGCUGAAAGACGAUCAUGUGGCCUCUGUGUCUGAGGCUUCCAUCUCGUCAUUCAGGCAUGGCUCGCACGCUUCCAACCCCACGCUUAACCGUGUACGCUCAAGAGAGUCUACUUCUAACGUGAUCCCGAGAAGAAUCCCUGGUAACAGGAACUUCGAAGCUCCGGACUACUUUGCCGAUGGGAGCUUGGCAGACACGCAACGACGAUUCGAAGCCUGGGCACGUGCUCAGCGCGGUGGUAGCAGCGACAGCUCUGACAGUGAUAGUUCCGAAGAUAGCGACGAGGAGAGCAAUGGCGACGCAUCGUCUUCUGGCCGGCCUGCCGUUCGUGGUUCGUUCCACGAAAGCUGGGCGGAGCAAAUUACAAACCCAGAGAAGCAACCUGCGGCCACCACAUCUGAGGCUGCCGAGCAAGUUGCUGACGAGAACGCCCUUGACAGCAGCGACAGCAACGAUGAUGAUGACGCUGAAGUACAAAGUCAGAUACAAAGUCAAGUGUCGAGGGAGUUGCAGGAGGCGACUAGUGCUCCCGGAGACAAUGCGAAUGAAGAUGAUCAGGAGUCGCCUGCUGAGUCUGAGCCGGACGCCGUGCACGUCCUAGAUAGUCAGGCCGCGGAUGACCUAUCGGCUAGCGAUGUUUCGCCUGUGUCCGCCCAUGAGGCCGCUGCCGGGGGAACCGUGAUACCGUCUUCACUCGACGACCAGAAGGUACGGCCAUCGACGCCAGAUCAACAAGCUCCAGGUACACCUACACCUUACGGGCAACCAAACACGAUUCGGCAAGCUAAUGUUCGAGUCAAGCGCAUGCUGUCGAAAACAGAUCCUGGUGGCGAUCGUUCUGGCUAUGGUCCAAUCGAGGCAGUCAAACCAGCGAACAAACCAAAUCUUGUCACUAGUGGGCGGCGAACUGUCGGUAGCACCACACAUGGGGAUCGUCUCGAUCAUGGCGAGCUUUCCGACGACGUCUACGAAGCCAUUGACGACGUGACCAGCGGCUUGAUGAGUUCCGCCAGUCUUGGAGACCUUCGAUCAAUGAACGAGUGUAAGCCAGAUUCCCACAACGGAUCGGACGGGAGCCCUCUUUUGACUAAUACUGGCAGUGCUAUCAAGACCUCGGAUAUGGGCGGACGUGAGGAUAUGAUGGAGAACGCUACAGAAGUCGAUGUGGAUGGGAAUGUUCUUGGAGCGUCUGACGAAGGAGAGAAGCUUGCUGCACCUCUGAAGCCAGAGGACGGCAAAGAUGGUCAGAAGGCAGCUACACAACCACGCAGAUCCCACAGUAGGACGAUUUCUAGCUCGCUAUCCAGCGCUCUGAGCGAGCUCAGUCACACUCCAAGCCUGCCAGCCGAGCCACAAGUGAUCAUUCCCGUCUACGUUCCAGAAACCCCUGAGAUGAAACACGAAGAGAGUGUAAAGAAGAAGCGAAAGAUGACCGGCAACUCGAGCCAACACUUCAGUUCUGCCAAGCGUGCUAAGUCGAGUGGCAAAUCCAAGCAGACGCUCGACGAGAUCACAAUGGAGACUCCCGAAGGACAGGCUGCUCGCGGGCAGGAUGGUAGCUCGUCUAUCUAUCAAACUGCUGUGUCUCGUAUGACAAGAUCGGCGUUCAAGGACGCUCGUUUGCCUGAGCCAGAGCGCAUUGAUACUUCACAAGAUGAAGUCAGUAGCCCUCUGCCCCAUGCUACUCAGGCACUCAGUGCGGGAGUGGAAGAAUCCAGUCCACUACCGGAUGUCGACGCCGAUACCCCUGGCCUAGGUGAACACUUGUCCGCUGCGAUUGAUCAAAACAUUGAAGUCGUAGCGACUGACGAAGACAAGACCAACCUGGGAGAAACCAUCACAACCGACCUCCAAACCUCCCCAUUCGCAACACCACCCCAACACCCCUCAACCCCCAACCCCAACCCCACAACCACAACCCUCAAAAAGACCCCCCGCCCCAAAACAAAAUCCACCGGCCGCAUCUCAACGCACUUCAUAACCGACCGCGUCGACCUGCCCGCUCCCAGCAGCACCCCUUCCAAAGCCGGCCUCUCCCGCGUCCCCAUCCCACCCACCACACACACGCACUUCGGCCUGAUCCAAGAAAAACUCUACCAAGAACCCUUCUGGCUCCUCAUAGCCGUCACCUUCCUCAACAAAACCGCCGGCCGCAGCGCCGUGCCCAUCUUCUGGAAACUGAAAGAGCGCUACGGCACGCCGGAGGCGCUGGCGGGCGCGGAGCAGGAGGAGUUGUUGGGGAUGGUGCAUAAAUUGGGAUUGCAGAAUCAGCGGAGUAAGCGGUUGAUUAGCAUUGCGAAGGCGUGGGUGGAGAGGCCGCCGGAGAUGGGGAGGCGGUAUAGGACGUUGAACUACCCCAACCAAGGAGACGGGAGAGCUCGCGACGUCCCCAACAUCGUGGAGGAAGACGCGGAGGAUUGUGCGGGCGCGCUGGAGAUCGGGCAUAUCCCCGGGUGUGGCGCGUACGCGUGGGAUAGUUGGAGGAUUUUCUGUCGGGAUACUUUACGCGGGUUGGAUGCCAACAACACCACCAAAAAGACUCCAGACUUUGAAGCCGAGUGGAAGAGGGUUCUGCCGAAGGAUAAAGAGCUCCGGGCGUGUUUGCGGUGGAUGUGGGUUAAGGAGGGGUGGAUUUGGGAUCCUCUUACCGGCGAACGCCGUCGGGCGACACAUGAUGAAGUGGAGAAGGCGGAGAGGGGCGAGAUGGAGAUUUGGGAUGGGCAGGAGGCUGAGUUUGCGAGGAGGGCGGCGGAGGGGGAGGGGACGGGGACGAGCGGGACGCCGACGAAAGCUGCUGGCGAUGCUGAGGGACUGCAGGGCCCGCCGUCUUCGUCGUCGAAGGGGAGUAGUACGAUUCAUCUCACGCCCCGCCGUCCGCCGACGAGGGUGGCGAAGGCUGCGCACAGUAUUGAGCAGGCAGACGAGGAGGAGCCGCCAACCAAGAAGCCGCCAACAAAGACCAUGAAGAAGACACCCACUACAACAUCGUCGAAACGCAAGCCCAAAACCAAAACAAGAACGUCUUCACCUCCCGCAGCCGCCGCUGCCGCCGACGAAGAGUUCAAGCAGGACGAUGAAGUGAGACAAGAUGAGGAAACCCCCCUCACCAAACCCCAACCGAAACCCAGCGAAAACCCCCCAACACAAACACAAACCCCUUCUUCAAACCGCAAACGCAAGACGAGAACGAGUUCCUUCCUCCCCGACGACAACGAAGGCUACGGCGAGGACAAGGACGAGGACGAGGGGAAGGGUGGGAAGAGAAGGAGUCGACGAAGAAUUACGACGUGA